AGGAGCCUGUGUUCUUUUCCCUGGCUGUGAUUCUUUGCCUCUUGAGUUUUUGGUGGAGUUGUCAGUUUAAAACCAACAGUAAUAGCAAGUCUCUAGUAUAGCUUUCAGUCUGUAACUGAAAGCUUUUUGCUUUUUCCCUGAACAUUUCUCCUGGGUAGUUUUGAAUCUUACUGGGGUGGAAGCCUGGGCUGAACCAAGCUCCAACCUCAUCAUCUGAGCCAGCAUACCUGUCUGGAGCUUUUUGCUUUUUCCCUGAACAUUUCUUCUGGGUAGUUUUGAAUCUUACUGGGGUGGAAGCCUGGGCUGAACCAGGCUCCAACCUCAUCAUCUGAGCCAGCAUACCUAUCUGCAUAGACUGGGAGUCAGCCAAAGAUUUUUUGGUGCUACUUAGUUCCUUUGGACAGGACAGCCAGAGCAAGCAGGGCAAAAGUGUAGACACUUUUGAUACUGUCUUUAUCCAAAGAUUUUUUGUUCCCCUUUGCUAUGUAUGGUGUAUAUUGUAUGGAUUAUCAAUAUCCUGUUGUCCAGGGUAACCAGGAGCCAACAACAACUCCUGACGCAAUGGUUCAGCCUUUUACUACCAUCCCGUUUCCACCACCUCCACAGAAUGGAAUUCCCACAGAAUAUGGAGUGCCACACACUCAGGACUAUGCCGGCCAGACCAGUGAGCAUAACCUGACACUCUACGGAAGUACGCAAGCCCACGGGGAGCAGAGUAGCAACUCACCCAGCACACAAAACGGAUCUCUCACGACGGAAGGGGGAGCACAGACAGAUGGCCAGCAGUCACAGACACAAAGUAGUGAGAACUCAGAGAGCAAAUCCACCCCUAAACGGCUGCAUGUCUCUAAUAUUCCCUUCCGCUUCCGGGACCCUGACCUCCGACAGAUGUUUGGGCAGUUUGGCAAAAUCCUAGAUGUAGAAAUUAUCUUUAAUGAACGUGGCUCUAAGGGAUUCGGGUUCGUAACUUUCGAGAAUAGUGCUGAUGCAGACAGGGCCAGGGAGAAAUUACACGGCACCGUGGUAGAGGGCCGUAAAAUCGAGGUGAAUAAUGCUACAGCACGUGUAAUGACCAAUAAGAAGAUGGUCACACCAUAUGCAAAUGGUUGGAAAUUAAGCCCCGUAGUUGGAGCUGUAUAUGGCCCUGAGUUAUAUGCAGCAUCCAGCUUUCAAGCAGACGUGUCCCUAGGCAAUGAUGCAGCAGUGCCCCUAUCAGGAAGAGGGGGUAUUAACACUUACAUUCCUUUAAUCAGUCUCCCUUUAGUUCCUGGCUUCCCUUACCCGACUGCAGCCACCACGGCAGCCGCUUUCAGAGGAGCCCAUCUGAGGGGCAGAGGGCGGACGGUAUAUGGUGCAGUCCGAGCGGUACCUCCAACAGCCAUUCCCGCCUAUCCAGGUGUGGUUUACCAGGACGGAUUUUACGGUGCUGACCUCUAUAUAGAAUCUGCAAACUGCUUCAGAUCCAACAGGGCGGAUACGCAGCCUACAGAUACGCACAGCCCGCUACUGCAACCGCGGCCACAGCCGCCGCCGCUGCCGCUGCCGCCUACAGCGACGGUUAUGGCAGGGUGUACACAGCCGACCCCUACCAUGCCCUUGCCCCUGCCGCUAGCUAUGGAGUUGGCGCUGUGGCGAGUUUAUACCGAGGUGGCUACAGCCGAUUUGCCCCCUACUGAAGUGACGUGAGACCCUGCAAAUGGGACCGCCCCCCAGUUCAUGAGGCCUGGCUAUUGCAAUAUUUACUAGUAGAGGAACUCUAUAGCAAGAUGAAGAGGAAAAACAAACAAAAAAAAAAAACAAAAAAAACAAAAAAAAAGAGAGAAUACUUUUUUAUACCUCACUAUGUUCUUUGAAUAUGUAUUUUUCCUUUACAUUUCUGCCUUUAAUUCUUUUGUUCCAAAGAUUGUGCAUUUUUUCUUUUUUUUUUCUUUUUUUUUAACUGUGGUAAAAAAAAAAAAAAAUAAUGCAUUUCCAUGUCUGUAUGUCCGUGCUUAGCUUAUUCUGUCAAUCACGGAAGAGGCAGUUACUGAGGAAGGGGAGACCUUAGGAGCUGAUGAAUGCAUGCGAUCAGAAAUCAGACAGAGCUACCAAAGUGUAUCGGGUGCUGAGUGGCUGGGGAUGAGCAGAAGUGGAGGAAAUCUUUCUGCGACAGGAUAUUCUUCUGAGUUUCUGGUCUUUGGCAGGCAAUUCUGAUUGGCUGUGGCUGGAAUCCACAUGCUGAUAGAUGAUAGGAAUUUGUGCUUGCGAAGCAGGAGGAUUAAAAAGACACUUUCCUCUCCUCUUCCCUCCUGUCUUCAUUCUUUUUACAAUCUUCUUACCUGCACAGCCUGAGACAGUUGGCAUGGUUUUUGGAAUUAUAGUAUUAAUAUUUCCAAACAUGCUCUCAGACUGUGGAUAAUAAACACCUCAUUAGGAAACAGAUCUCAGAAUGAACUCUGGAGUAUGAAAAAGAUCAUUCUUUUCUUUCCUGAGAUCUCAGCAUUCCUCCUGGGCUUCCUCCCCUUUCUCUGAACCACAGCUUAGCUCAUCUGUCCUUCUACGAACUCCCUGCUCCCAAGUCCUCAAGAGUCAGGAAUUUAGGACCCAGGGACAGGAGAAUAAAUAGCAACCAGCUUUUCUGGCUUGAGGGUUAGAAGUACAAAGUGUUGGGAGCCAGUAAAGGAGUAAGGAAGAAAAAAAGGAUGUUGGAUGAUGUCUGGCAGGGCUCUGAUUGAUAUUCCUGUGAUUUCUCUUGCAUCAGGAGGUCAGUACAAGGUAAACAUAUCAAGAGUGUUGGCAAAAGGUAAAACACCCAAUCCUGGGCGGCUGUCCCUGGAAGUUUGUGGUGAUUGUAAGGGGGCACGUAAGGGCAGGCAGAGGCACUUUGUACUAAAUAGCUCCAAAGCCAUAGGAAUUUCCAUCUUCCGGAGCAUUCUGUGAGCCACUUCUCUGUCCACGGUCUUGAGCUCUCCUGACUGCUCCGCCCGGCUUCUGGUUAUCCUCCAAAGACACCCAACCAAGCACGUAACCACUUGGCAUACAUGAACACUACAGGACAUAAAACCCAGAGCCCCUGAGGCUUCUCUCCGCCCAUAGUGGAAGAAAGGUGUGACCUGGCAAGGAUCUCCUAUGUUGCCAGAAAGAGUCAUGUGGCCACAGGAGUGAGUCCCUGCUGUUGCUCCCCAGCUUUGCUUUUAUACAUCUUAAGGUAGGGGAGAAAGUGUUUCUCUUCUAGCUAUUAGCUGUUAAUGAUAAAGGCAAGGGUCCUGCAGCAUUUCCAAAAUGAAGGCAUUAGAAAACAGAAAAGCACGGUCCGUUUGGCUCCCUGGUCUAUUCACAUUGGUACUAGGGUGACUUCUCACCCGAGGGAUAGCUGCUAAAGGGAGUAAUUCAGAGACAUGGAGCUUCCGGUUUGUUAUGGGUUUGUUUUCCGUUUGUUUUGGGUUUUUUUUUUGGGGGGGGGGGUUGGUUGUUUUUUUUGUUUUUUGUUUUUUUUUACUCCUGCCUCCACACAUGUUCUUGACUGAUAACUGAUUCAUGUCCCUGAAUUAAAAUGACUGACAUAUGACAGCAUCAAGCAUUCUUUGUAAGCAGAGUGAUCUAUCCGGGAGGGACUGGCCUGUUGUGUAAAAUACAUAUCUCCCCCCCCCCCCACCCCCGGGGAGCCCUCUCUCUCCUGAUGAUGGAGAGAGAGGCUGUCCCUGAAACGAGGGGAGACAUCAAGGACAUCAAGGAAGCUAGAGGCCUCGAUGCAAUCUUAUUGAUUCUGGGGAGGAAUGCAUGGAAUAGGGGACACCAAAAUACCCAGGGCCAUUGGCCUUUGUUAAGGGUUUGCCUCCCCAAGCCAAAGUUUGGUUCGUUGCUGUUAAGACAAUUUUUGUUGUAUGUAUAUAAAUAUUUUAGUUAGAGGAAGGGGUAUGGGAUCUGGGGCUUUCACAGUUCUAGGGAAUGGGGGCAGGGAGGAUUUUUUUCCUUUUCUUUCUUUUUGUUUCGAGAGAGAGCUUUUAUUCACUAAAGAAAUGGAGAAAUUUCAUGUCAUGUUCAAAUAGGGGCCAUUCACAGAAAUGGCAAGGCACUGCUCAAUGGAGACAAGGCCAAAUUUUAAAUGGUUGUGUCUGUAGCAGGGGAGGAGGUUAGGAGAAUGAGUAAUUUCCUCUUCUUUUUUCCAAGAAAAAGACAAGGAUGGUGGGAAAGGUAGAGAAGGCAGCUCCCACUGCCCUUGUAAAAGAGGCAGAAGCUUGAGCUUGGGCUACCUCUACUGCAUUUCAGUUCAGCUGGUUCUGGCUGAGGACUCCAUAGGCAAGCUCUUUGCAUUCUGCUGCAUGUCCAGGGAUGGUUGUAAUACGGCUUCCUCCAGCUCCCUUUUCUCAGGAAGGCUAAGUAGACUUCUGCUUUUGCUCAAGGGCCUCUGCUCUUCGGCGUCAGCACUGAGAAUUGGAGCUCUCGUGAGCAUCUAGAUGAGAUCGUGUCAGCCUUCCCAUCACCUUUGAACUUUCAGACUCUGUACAGCCAGCUUCAUCAGAGGCAGGUUCCUCAAAGCACCGGUGCUUGUCUGCUCUUGGCUCUGGUUCCCAUUGGACUAAGAAACAGAGUCGGAAGAGAGUUUGGCCUCUGUGGGUUCGUUAGAGGAUGCUGGUUGAUGAUUCCAAAAAAUCACUGAUCUGAAUCACAGCACGUGAAUGAUAUUGACAGCUUUACUGUAGCUCAUGACAUGGGCUUCUGUACUUAGCGUCUUACUCCUAGAAGCCAGGCUCCUUUAAGGAGACCACUAGUGAGAACCUUUAUCUCCUAUCCUUCUCUCAGCCCCGAGAGCUGCCCUUAGGUCUGGUCUGGAAUCCCAUGCGUUCCAUGUUUCAGCUCCCAAGAACCCGGGUCAGCCGUGGUGACUCACCGGCUUUAAGGCUCUCAGGUUUUACCCAGCUUCCCAUCACCACCGUCCUCUGACAACCACAGGUGGGAUUGAGCCAAUAUUAUUUUUGUCCUCAAAAAAGAAGGGGACUGGGGCUCAUCUCUGUUUAAGGGGAGCUAGUGCAGAUUAUUCAGUAGAAACCAGUGGUAGCAGCUUUUCCUCAAAAGUCUAAUUGCUCAGGGGCUGAAGUGCUCUGUAGGUUACCGUUCCUAGUGAUAUAGCAGAGAAGUAGGUGAGCACCACCCUCAUCACCAGUCACUUAGCUUCCCAAUGGGGGAGAGGUGGCAACUCGGGAUUGAAGCCACCCCGAGGCUCUGCCAGAAGGGCUUCAUAACUGCCCCCUCUUCCCUCAGACGGGAGAACAGGGCCGAGCCGGGGCCCCUCUGGAAGGCACACCGGCCAGGAGCGGGGAGGGAAACUGCUUGUGCCCUCUCCCUCACUAACUCCAGCCUCCUGCUGCUUGCAACCUCUAGCACAGUAACAUUUGCAGAAUUGCAGAUUUUUUUUUCCCCAGAUGAUAGGAAGAAAGGGACUUUGGGGGGUGGGGAAGGGGUAGUGGUGUUUUAAAAAGCAUAAGUUACCUGUUUGCACUGUUUUAAGAUAGGAAAAAAGAAUAGUGGGCAAGGUGAACAUCAGACGUAAAUUUGUGUAUUUUUAUUUUGUCAUGCUCUUGAAAGUGUCUGACCAUUUGUAGUAUACACCAGUGAGACUUGAUUCUGUUACAUAGAACACUUUUUUUUUUUUUUUUUUUUGGUAAUGUUACUGUCCAAAAGCCUCUUUCCUCCCUUUCCCUUCUCCUGUGUACUUGCUUCAUACUUGCUUUAUUGAUCAACCAGGCAAUAGCCAUCCAAGAGCUAGAGCGUGAAGCAGAGCCCUUUCCAAGUAGGCUCCGGGUGUCCUAAGCCAGCACGUGCCCUCUGGUUUAGCGAGUGCAGUGGAGUCCCUGGCACCUGUCUUUAAAAUAAGGCUUACAGACCAGACUACGGCAAGUUCUCCAAUUCCUGAAUCAGACGCACUAGGAACGAGGAGCCGAGGGUGGAGGGGAUUCCUCAAGUUAAUCCAAGUUGGCUGUAGUAGCUGUUCUCAUCCAUGUUACCGGAACUGUAGCCAGUUACAGUUUACUCAGGAAAACGGUAGAUCAAUUCAGCCAUGGUAGUGCUGGUUGGCAGGGAUUGGUAACCGAGAGAACUGCUCAUCAGCCAAAACUCAAACCUUGCCUUUAAGGAGACUGCCAGCGGGGGGCUCGGUCUGCUCCGGCUGGCUGGCAGUCACACAUGUGCCAGUGUGGCAGAGGCUCAGUCACACUGGCAAGCAAAAAGGGAUCAUCAAUUCUCUUUCCUCUCCCCCAACCCGCACCCCCACCCCAGUUACCAACGCCAGAUUCCCAGGGGGUACUUGUGUUUUCUGAAUUUUUAAAAAAUGACUUUUGGUUUGGUUUUUCUGGGGACUGAUAAAGUGCUUUAAGCAAUGUCUAUACCCCCAUCGAGACUUCCCCAGCUUAGCCAUUUUCUUGUAUUUUUCUGUUCACAGUAUUUUUGUGUGUGUGUGUGUGCUUGUUUUGGCAGCUCAUUUUGGCUGUAUUAUAUAUCGAGUGAUGAAUUGAUCCUCUUUUUUCCCUAAGGGAUAUGAAUUUUUUUUUCCUUGUGUUUUAAUUCUGCUUGUGAAUAGCUGGAGCAAACCUGGGGCCGACACACGUAAGCUAGGGCUGCAGAGUGCUGACAGGGCCAGUAGUGUUGACUUGUCCCUGACAGGCUGACCUACCUGCGUCUCUGAGCUUUUCAGUCCAAAUCUUUGCAAGGCUAAAAAUGCCACAAAACCUCUCCUCCCCACUCCCCAUGGCAGGGACUGGACCCUCCCAACAUGGAACAUGCAGCUUCUCCUGCCCCCCCUCCCAUUGCCAUGGCAAAACAGGUACCUUUUGGGGCAUGGGGGCAUCACAUGGGAUGCUUGUAUAAUUGACCACCUCGCCUUCUCUCCCCAACCCCACCCCCAGAGUCACUUCCUAGGACACCCGAGCUGCUUGCCCAGGGUCCUGUUUCCCUGCGAUCUCCAGAGAAGCACCCCAGGGCUUUGUGACAGUCUCUAACUCCCUCCCCCUCUCGUUAAGAAUCAUAUUGUAUAGUAGCUUUCAGACCAUACAGUAUUCAUUGGGUUACUCCUAUUAUUAUCAAGUAGCUGGAAUUGUGAAGGUCGGAGUAGUUAGAUCUUUAGCUUUUAUUCCUUAUUUUUUUGUAUUACUAUCCAUGUGUAUAAAUUAUUGAUCAUGUUGCUGGCUUUUAUAAACUCUAAGCGAAGGAGGAGCACUGCCUCUGCCUUUGCAAAUGGUAAUGAAGCACUGUUUUUAAAUAAAAGAGAGAAACACCA